AUGAAACAUGACAUUAUAAGUCAGUUCAUGACAGACAGUAAUAAAUAUAUUUAUAAAGAAGACCAUAAUGAUAAUGACAACAUUCUCUCAGAUCUCACAAUUGAUCACCAUCCAAGUCGGGGAUGUGAAUAUUUCUUUGACCAGGAAAGAGCUUUGGGAGAAGCCAAUGAUCACGGAGAAAUUGCUCAAGAUGAAUGGGUUAUUGGUGACUUGUGCGUCUCAGAAAAAUGCAGGUUGCUGAAAGACAACAUUCUAAAAUUGAAGAAAAGCCCAGGUAGUCUUUUGGACAUUCGGUUGCUGGUAAUGAAUGAUAUAUUCAUAUUCGAGGCAGACGUUAAUAUGUCUGCUUCUAAAUACUUCAGAUUAGAAGACCACAAUGCCAUUAUAUCCAGUCUAAACGCCAAACAAUACUGUCAAGAAAUGGGCGUCAAGGCACAGCAAUGUUGA